CUACUUGCAUCCAGAGGACAGUGAUGAUCCAAGCCUGCGUAACCUGACACUGCUACAGGAGUUCAGGGAUCGUGACAGUGACAACGACAGCCGCAUAUCGUUCGAUGAGUUUAAACAGACAGUCUUUCACGAGCUCAUGGCUCAUGAGGACGACAGCCACGACCCUGUGGAGGCGCUUGUCCACUUGCACGCCGCCCAGGAGGAUAAGGACAAAUGGAGCAACGACCAUCGCCGCCCGCACCGCACGGGCGGCGAGUUCCGAGAGGCUUUGGAGGAGAAGGAGAGGCGGGCGAGAGGGAGGUUUGAGGAGCUCGAUAAGGACGGGGAUGGCUUCCUGUCCCCUAGCGAGUUUGAGCCGGUGCUGCGGGUGCUGUGGCCAAGCGAGAAGGACUUUGCUGGAAAGAAGGCGACAGAUAUGAUUCGACAGGCGGACAACAAUGGUGAUGGGUACUUGCAAUUAGACGAGAUGCGAGCACACUCACAUCGCCUCGUCCAGGACGCUGGGUCUGAGACAGUGGCGGCUCGAGUAGUCAACUGUCGAAUCGCUUGCGACGAGGAGGCCGCGGAAGAGCAGAGCCAUCAUCAUCGCACGGAUGGGAAUGGAGGUCCUUUGAUUCGACGCGCGAGUCGCCUCGGGCUAGAGCCACUGGACGGCGUCUGCCACGCGAUCAUGAACGGCUAUGAGGUCGUGGAAGAGCUGAGCCGUGGCGGUGCGCAUGGGAGGUCGUACCUAGUCCACGAAAAGAGCGCUGCGGGUAGCAUCUUAGCUUGUAGCAAUAGCUCGUUCAGGAAAACUGGAGCCGCGAACAUCGCCAGCCAUGGCGCAGCGUUGAAUGCGGAGGGACCACGCGAGUCUGGCGGGGGAGUAGCUCUGUGUGGGGCGUGGGCGAUGCGAGUGGUUCCGCUGCCGGAAGACGCGGCGCACCGUGUGGCGUGUGUGAAGGAGGCGGAGAGGAUGAUGCAGCUGCACCAUCCGUGCCUGGCUGAAUGCAAGGAAGAUGUGGAGGAGGGGGUGUGGGAGAGGGUGUGGGGGAGGGUGUGGGGGAGGGUGUGGGGGAGGGUGUGGGGGAGGGUGUGGGGGAGGGUUGGGGGAGGGUGUGGGGGAGGGUGUGGGGGAGGGUGUGGAGGAGGGGGUGUGGGAGAGGGUGUGGGGGAGGGUGUGGGGGAGGGUGUGGGGGAGGGUGUGGGGGAGGGUGUGGGGGAGGGUGUGGGGGACGACGUCGCCCAUGCAUUGCUAUCCAACGACGCGUUUCUAGUCGUGUCUAAUCCUGUCUUCCCCGUGUCGAAUGAUGCGCUGUGCAGGCGGUAUCCGUCCACGAGGCCUCGCACGGGCUCUACUAUUGUUGACUGGCUGCUACAAGUGGCCUUGGCGCUAGAGCACAUGCACCACCACAACUUGUUACACCGAGAUCUCACAGUGCGUAUUAUUGAGAAAAGCAUCACCUUCUGUCCCUUCCCCACCCGUCCACACCUCCCCCCCUGGUGGCAGCAGGCAGAGAACCUUCUUCUCUGCAUCCCGAGCAAUAGCAACCCCGCGCGUGUGCGGCUGCGAAUGUGCAUGGCCGCUGAGAUGACACGCCAGGAACCUCUGCAAGCAGGUGAGCGGGCAGGGGGGAUGGAUGCUACAGGGAAUACUGGUUAUGAGGGAGGCGGGUCCGCCACUCGAGCAUGUGACGUGCCGUUGUUUGGUAUAGCUUGUGGGGAGGAGGAAGAGGAAGGGGGUGGGGCGGAGGAGGGAGAAUGGGGUGGGGAGGAGUGUGUUACGGUUGAGGAGGAAGGGGCAGGAAGUUUUAAGGUAGAGGAGGAGGAUGUGAUUCAGGAGGCUCAAGGGAUAGAGAAUGUGGAUGGGGAGGAGGUGGCGGAGGAGGAAAGGGAGGAGGAGGAGGAAAGGGAGGAGGAAAGGGAGGAGGAGGAGGAAAGGGAGGAGGAGGAAAGGGAGGAGGAGGAGGAAAGGGAGGAGGAGGAGGAAAGGGAGGAGGAGAAGGAAAGGGAGGAGGAGGAGGAAAGGAGGAGGAGGAGGAACGCGAAGGACGAGCAAGAGGGAGAGGAAAAGGAUGAGGCGGAGUGGAAGCGAAUGGAGGAGGAGGACGAGGCUCGGCGCGAGUGGGAGCGAGAACAGGAGCUGAGGGAAGAGUUUGUGCGGGAGAAAGAGGCGGAGGAGAAUGGGUGGGGGGAGGAUGGAGGGAAAGAGGAGCGUGAGAGAGAUGGUGGGCGGGAAGAGGGAGAGAAUGGGUGGGACGAGGGAGGCAAUAAGGGGGGAGGGAAAAACGAGCGAGAAGCGCAUGAGACAAUUGGUGGGAGGGAGGAGGGAGAGUUUGGGUGGAGUGAAGGAGAGCAGGAGGAGGUGGAACGAGAUGAGGGAUGGGAGGAGGGGGAGGUUAAGUGGGGUGAGCGAGAGGAUGGGUGGGAAGGGGAAGAUGAGCGAGAAGCGCAUGAAACAGGUGGUGUGUGGGAGGCGGAAGAAGAUGGGUGGAGAGGAGGAGAGAAUGAGGGUCUUGAACGACAUGAGGUUUUGGAGGAGGGAGAGUUGAGUUUUGAGUCGACUCAAAAGGAGGAAGAGGAUGGAUGGGGCGAAGGAGAGAAAGAGGAUCUGCGAAGACAUGAGGAAUUGGAGGAGGGAGAGGUCAAGGCACGGCUGGCACGGUUUGGCGUGGCUCUCAGCGACCAGCCGACACCGGCUGCUGCUUGCAUGCAGGAGAACCUGGAGAGGAUUCAAGAGCUUCUGCAUGUGGGGGGGGCGAAGGAGCUGCUGCAGGUUGGGGGGGCGAAGGGGGCCCCGCAGCGGACUUUUGAGUCGACUCAAAAGGCACGAAUGGAACGGUUUGGCGUGCCUCUCGACGACCCGCCAGCACCUGCUGCUGCUUGCAUGCAGGUGAACCUGGCGAGGAUUCAAGAGCUGCUGCAGGCAAGGCAUAGGGAUGGCUGUGGGGACUGCUGUGGAGACGGCGGUGCGGACGGCGGUGGGGAGAGCGGUGGGGAGAGCGGUGGGGAUGGGUGCGGAAAGGGGUGUGAAGGUGAUGGUUCGGCCCAGACGUGGGGCUGGAGUGAUGGCUUGGAUCGCAUGGGGAGUUGGAUUGGAGGGGCUGGGAACGACGUGGGGCACACUGAAGGGGAGGAAGGGUCAGAAAGCGGCACAAAAGGAGAGGAGAGGAGCGGGACAUAUACAGAAGGAGAGGGGUAUGGAGACGAAGAGGGGUAUGGAGACGAAGAGGGGUAUGGAGACGGAGAGGGGUAUGGAGACGGAGAGGGGUAUGGAGACGGAGAGGGGUAUGGAGACGAAGAGGGGUAUGGAGACGGAGAGGGGUAUGGAGACGGAGAGGGGUAUGGAGACGGAGAGGGCCGUGAAAAAAGGGAUAACGGAGGAGGGAGAGAGAGAUUUGGAGAAAGUGAUGCAAUUGGGAAAGGAGAGGAGCUUUCAGGAGAGGAGCUUUCAGGAGGAGAGGGAUGUGUGGAGGGCGAUGGGUGUUCAGACGGGGAGACACAUUGGGUAGGAGUUUGGCUCAGGACCGAAACAGGCUGGGUUGACGGAAGAGGGUGGACAGAGGAGGAGGAGGAGGAGGAGGAGGAGGAGGAGGAGGAGGAGGAGGAGGAGGAGGAGGAGGAGGAGGAGGAGGAGUACGCAGAAGACGAGGGGCUUAGUGACGGAGAUGGGUUUAGGAAAGGCGAUGGGCUGUUGCAAGGAGAGGGGAAUAUUGAGGACGAGAAUUACUCUGAAAAGGACGAGAAUUACUCUGAAAGUGAGGGUUAUUUUGAUGGAGAGGUAUUUGUAGAGGACGAGAGGCAUUCAGAAAGCGAGGGUUAUUUGGAAGUAGAGGGGUACUCAGAUGAAGAGUGGCUCAGAAGCGAAAGCGGUUGUGGAAGGUUUUCGAAAAGAGAGGAAAGUGCGGAAAGCGAGUGGCUUGGGACAGAAGGCUGGCAUGGUGAAAGCGAAUCUGGGCGGACUGAAGAGGCGUGGGCAGAAGGAGAUGCAAGGGCAGAAGGCGAGGAUUGGAGGGAAAGAGAGGCGUGGAGAGGUCGCGGGGAGGGUGUGUCGGAGCAGUUUAGGGCGAAGGAGCAGUUUAGGGCGAAGGAGCAGUUUAGGGCGAAGGAGCAGUUUAGGGCGAAGGAGCAGUUUAGGGAGAAGGAGCAGUUUAGGGCAAAGGAGCAGUUUAGGGCGGGUGGAGAAGCACAGCGGCUCAUAGAGGAUGAAGCAGCGUGUGAAAGGGAGCGGUGGGGAGGUGGGAGAGGCGAGGCGCAUGAGGAAAUCGGAGCGGCGUUGGGCGGUAUGCUGGAGCGGACGGGCGUCCUCCUGAGGAGCGCCU